UUGUUUGUGAAGCCCUUAUUGUGAAGGUUGAUAACGGAAGUAGUCCAUCUCACUGUGGCACAUUUACGCUUACAGGAGUUUCAUGCGGUGUGCAUGAGGUUCUUCGCAGCACAGAUUCAGUACCAACGAACAGAUGGAAGAAAGUCUCCCUGAGCAGAAUGGACGGACGACUCCCGCGAACACCACGGAUAAGGAGGAGGAAGAGAUGGAGGUGACCAUGACGUCACGACUAGAAAGUCUCACCGUGCCCCCCGUCAGCGCAGUGACGUCAUCAGACACGCAAACCCCUCCAGAGGAAAGCAGCGAUGCUGCGCUGCCUGUAGCCCCAGCGUGUGAGGAGGAGGAUUCAGACAGCGAUAGCUCAUCCUCUUCGUCGUCAUCGUCCUCGUCCUCCUCCUCGUCGUCCUCCUCUUCUCCCACUGUGCCCAUUUUUGAGGAUGAAGAUGAUGAGAGCUUCAGCCAGCCAGCCCCCAUCAAAACGCGAGAUGAGGUCCUGCUGGAGGAGCUGCCAGCGGUGGAGGACUUGUCUGUGUCGUUACCAGAAGAUGCAGAACUGCAGCCUAUAGGAACGAUCUCCAGCAUCAUUCAGCAGCUCGUUGUGAUCCAGUCCCUGAAGGACACGCCCCCUUUAACUGAUGACAGCGUCAUCUUUACAUCUGAUAGGCUGGCUCUUGGAAAGGUCUUUGAGGUAUUUGGUCCUGUGUCCAGUCCACUGUACAUUUUGCGUUUUAACUCUGUGGACCAGAUAACCAACAAGGGGCUGGCAGAGGGACAGACCGUCUAUUACACGCCGGGCAUCAAAGAGUACACAAGUUACAUCCUCACACAACGGCUCAAAGUGUUCAAGGGAUCUGAUGCGUCCUGGAAGAACGACCAAGAGCCACCAGUGGAGGCUUUAGAUUACAGUGAUGAUGAGAAAGAACAGGAAGCCAAGAAGAAAAUGAAAAACUCCAGAAAGAAGAGGGACAAUAACAACGCAGAUAAUCCGGCCCACAUUACCCAGAACGCCGCGCUGCAGCAGUGUGAUGUCAGAGGUUUCCCACCAAGACACUCCGGACCUCCACCCAGGCAUCAGAACCCGAGGACCCAACACCCACAGUUCAGACACGCACACCCACCGCCCAGACACAGCAACCCCCAUCCAAUGUACCCCCCCCCUCCCUGCCCCUACCCUCCACCGUCUCACUUUUUCCCCCCACCCAACUUUCCCCUGUAUCCCCCCCCUCCUCCCUCUUUCGUUAACCCAUCCUUUUCUUUGCCUCAAGGAGCACCAAAAUCUGGCCGCUUCGCUGAACUUCAUCCUCCAGCUCCCCCUCCCCCUCCCCCACGCCUGGGGAGGGAGAUACAUGUAGACACAAGCUGGACCUCCUGCUGCUGCGUGAACGCACAUAUUCUGCAGCUCAAGUGUUUCUGGCUGAAAACAUUUAAAGAAGUGAGUUAG